AUACAUAGAAAGUAAAGAUCGAUCUCUGCCUUGUGCCGUGGACUAGUCUUGACGAUUCUCGUCAAAGAAACCACGUAAAUCCGUGUCUCUUCUCUCUCGUAUUCGUGUGUUCGUAUAAUUAUCUGUCAAACAUUUCAAAUUUGGUCACUUUCCGUCUAACUACGUUAACUUUAUCUGAUGUGACAGUCAACUUUCAAAAUUAACUGUUAACUAAAUGACGUGGCUAUUAAAAAUAAUAAAUAAAAUAAGAUUUAAUCAUUUAUAAUUUCCAACUCAUUUUCACAAUAAAAUGAGUGACCUGACUAAGUAGUAAGCACCCCAGUCAAACGAUCCGGACUCCUCCCACGACAUCAGCCAAAAAAAUGAAAACCCGAACUGCCGUCGUAGACCACUUCCCCACGAUACCAUUUCCCCCACGUCUCUUUCUCCACUCCUUCCGAGUCAAGUACUACCAGCCAACUAAGCACCAUCCGCCUGGUCCAAUCUGGUCAAUCAGAAACACCAACUCGAUCCUCAACAUCCUCCUCCACCAAGCAGAGCUGAGCAGUUCCUCCUCAGUCCACCACACGAUACUCUCAAGUCCCAACCCCACAGCUCCAGCAGCCGCGAUGGGCAAAGCAACUGCCCCUUCCUCCCCUGCAGCUCCGACCUUCAACCUGGUCGGAUUCUCCAACUUCGUCCGCGCCAACCCCCGCUCCGAUCGAUUCAAGGUCAAGCGCUUCCACCACAUCGAGUUCUGGUCAACCGAUUCCACCAACACCUCCCGCCGCUUCUCCUGGGGGCUCGGCAUGCCCAUCGUCGCCAAAUCCGACCUCUCCACCGGCAACGUCACCCACGCUUCCUACCUCCUACGCUCCGGCGACCUCCGCUUCCUCUUCACCUCCCCUUACUCCCCUUCCAUCGCUCAGAUGGACAACCUCUCCCACACCGCCACUGCUUCCGUCCCGACUUUCGACCACGACGCCUGCCGCCGCUUCUCCGCCAAGCACGGCCUCGCGGUCAGGGCCGUCGCUAUUGAAGUCGAGGACGCCGAAUUCGCCUUCCGCACCAGCGUCGCUCACGGCGCCAGGCCAUCCGCCGAGCCGAUGGUGCUGGACGGCCGUGCCGUAAUCGCCGAGGUAGAGCUGUACGGCGACGUCGUGUUGCGGUACGUGAGUUAUAAGAACCCUAGCGAUUCCGAUCCCGAUUGUUGGUUUCUGCCCAAAUUCGAGUCGGUAGACGAGGCAUCAGCGUUCCCUCUGGACUACGGGAUCCGACGAUUGGACCACGCCGUGGGAAACGUGCCGGAAUUAGGCCCAGCGGUGGCUUAUGUGAAAGGGUUCACUGGUUUCCACGAGUUCGCCGAGUUCACGGCGGAGGAUGUGGGGACGAGCGAGAGCGGGCUGAACUCGGCGGUGCUGGCCAAUAACGAAGAAAUGGUUCUGCUGCCGAUGAACGAGCCGGUGUUUGGGACCAAGAGGAAGAGCCAAAUACAGACUUAUCUGGAGCACAACGAAGGAGCUGGGGUCCAGCAUCUGGCCCUUAUGAGUGAGGAUAUCUUCAAGACGUUGAGGGAGAUGAGAAAGAGAAGUAACAUCGGCGGGUUCGAGUUCAUGCCUUCUCCGCCGCCCACAUACUACAAGAACUUGAAGAACAGAGUUGGUGAUGUGCUGAGCGACGAGCAGAUUCGGCAGUGCGAGGAGUUGGGGAUCUUGGUGGAUAAAGACGAUCAGGGCACCCUGUUGCAGAUCUUUACCAAACCUGUUGGUGACAGGCCGACCAUCUUCAUCGAGAUAAUACAGAGAGUGGGGUGCAUGAUGAAGGAUGAGGCAGGGAAAGAGUUCCAGAAGGGUGGUUGUGGGGGAUUCGGGAAGGGCAACUUCUCCGAGCUCUUCAAGUCCAUCGAGGAGUACGAGAAGACAUUGGAGGCCAAGCGACCUGCAGAAGCCGCUUCCGCAUAGGUGAUAGAUAGUAUCAGAAUUUGCCAUACCAUUGUGUAUCAUUAUGAAGAGAAUGCCAAACAUUCAUUUGUGCUGCUGUAGCUUGUAUGUGUCAUGUCCUUCAAUCACUCUAUAACUGUAACUCUAUAAGUGAAUACCCGCUCGGUUACAGGUCGUUAGCAGGCCGAUCUAAAUUGUGUUAUUUGAAGAAAAUAAAAUAAAAAUAAAAUUUUAUGAUAAAAUAUGAGGACAACACUUGAUGAAUGAAAAUAAGUGAUAAGAUAAUGAGUGAAAAUAUGAAUACAGAACAAUCAAAAUGGGAGAAAAGGCAAAUGGGAAUUUAGUAAGUCGGUAUGAAAAAUUCUCCUUUUUUAGUCUACAACCCUAACCUGACUACCAAACAGAACCAGCUCCUUUUCAUAGAGCAAACCUCGACAAAUUAUUUUUUUGGCGCUCUUUAGGUCCUGACCCAGAAGCCCAAUUUCUCUUGGUGGUAUCUACUUUCUUGUACUUUACCAAUUUCAGCAUCGAUUGAAACUCUACCUUCCUCGUUUAUCAACUUACUAUACCUAUCAACUUUUAUGGUCUCUGGUCGCCCACAAAAACCCCAGUGCUCACUUUUACGUAUGGUAUGAAAGACAAGAACCAAACUAAGAAAACAAGCCUCCUGCAAUGUUGCCCAUGGGGACUCCAUAAGCUCCUCCAACAAAAUAUUAUAUAACCGACCCAAAUUUGAUAGAUUUUGUUUAAAAAACAUAACCAGCCUCCUGUUGGUCUAGGUUCCCCUCCGCCGCCAGUCAUCAGAUGAUCUCUUCCCAUGUACUAGAAACUUACACCAAUCAAAUAGGUUCUUUUACAUUAUAAUUUAUAUACAUAAUUAAUAGUUUAUUAUGACUUGUUACCCAUUGAUAUGUAGCUCGUGAGCUAGCUUACUAAAGACCAAUAAGAUAGAUUAUAUAUCUUCCAUUAUCCGAUUUUUUUAUGCUUUCCUACAUAGCUACAUAUGCAUCUCAUUUAUAAUGUGUAUAAGAUAACUAAAUAUAUCUCGUUGUAGUGGAUUUGGUGGAAGAAAAUGGAGAUAUAAAGGAAAAAGAAGGUGAGAUUCAUUUUUCAGAGAGAAGGGUGUAAGAGGAAGGAUUGUACCGCAUCGAUGGUGAAUAAGUGAUCCCAAAUCUCACUCAUGUAUAAAGUUGGGUGCCUUCUCCCUUCCUUUUACUUAUUCCAGAAGAAGUGUAAAUAACUUGCCCUUCAUAUUUGAGCCUCUUGAUAUGGUCGUCUUCUAGUCAACGAUGACUGCUUUGGCUGUUGUCAAGUUGAGUUUUGGGUUGUGCAAUUUAUCAUCAGCCCAUUACAAAGUCAUUUGUCUUUUAUGUUGGCAAAUAGAAAUUUUGCUAAUAAGUUGGCAUCUUUAGGCUUUGCCAAUUGCAAGUCCUUAAUUGAGCUCAAGCAUUGAUUUCAGUUGAUGCACGAAGCUGAAGUUUAGUUUCUUAGAGCUUGUGUCAAGUACUAGCUGAUCUCGAUUUUGAAUUUUGAAUUUGAGCUUGAGCUAGCUAAAAGUUCCACUUGUCUAGAGUUUCAAUUUGAAAUUUUGAUAUCGAACUUAACUUAGCUAAAAGUGGUUUAGGAUCGAUUGCAACGCUAGUUAAAAUAUAUUUGAGAAACUAUUAUAAAUUAACCCAAUUGCUUCUUUAUAGUGCACAUAACCUAACAUCCAUUAUAUGAAUUAAAGUGACCAUUACUUUUAACAAUCAUUUUUUUUAGAAAAGUUUACUUAAUUUGUCUACUUGUUUUCCAUGAUUCUACAUUUGUUGCAACUUUUGCAUUACAUAAUCGUUAUUUUACAACACCCAAGUAAAUAUUUGACCCAUUUAAGAUGUGCUCGAGUUGCAUUUCAAUUUGAAGAUGAGGAUAACCUUAGUUUAUUAAGUUAUACGAUUGUGAUAACUCAAUCAUUUAAACGAAUACAAAAUUAAUUUAUCA